AUGUCUGCAAUUUUGCUUUCAACUAAAUGUAAUCAUGUAUUGAUCAUUUUCCUUACAAUUCAAUUGAAUCUUGCCAUUGGGCAAAUUUGCCAAAAUGAUAUCCCAAGUUUCUUUUAUAAUGUGAAUUAUGCUGGUCCACUCUUCGAUCAAUCUAUUUAUACGGUGAAUGCAUUCAAUUUUUCUGUUGCAUCGCCCAAUGGCACGACAGUCUUUACCUUCAAUGUUCAACCACAAACAGACUCUACUCGGCUAAGUUUUGUCCCGACGUCUGUCACUGGUCGAGCACUUAAUCUCACAAAGGGUGUUAUAACAAUGACGUCGGGCAACCCGAAUUUUACUGUUACUACUUUAUCAAAUGGUUCCUAUGCCCUUGUCACUAAUACUUAUCCACUAAGUUACUUCGUACCUUAUUAUCGUUAUUUAUUUAAUUUAAUUGCAACUCAAACAUAUUCCACUCGACCAUCGGUUAGUUCCACUGCACUCGUUGUAAUUAAUCUUCAAAAUUAUAAUGUCAAUCCACCAGUGUUUGUACCAGUCAAUCAGACAUUUUUCAUUAGUAAAACGGCAACUGUCGGGUCGCUCUUCGGCACGGUUUAUGCCACUGAUCCUGAUGGCGAUGGCAUUGUCUACUCGAUGACUAGUGCGCUGUUUUCUAUCGAUGCAACAACGGGUGCUUUGCAGUUACAACAAUCGUUACCAUCAUACGCGGCAUCACAAUAUUUCGUGACUGUCACUGCGAGUGACGAUGGUGCAUCGUGUUUACCAGCACUUGCAGCCUGCCCAAGAUUUUCGACCACAACAACUAUCACCAUCAAUGUAACAGCUGUCAACAAACAAUCACCAAUCUUUCUGAACAAUAUUUGUGGUUCGGCAAUUUCAUUUUACGAAAAUAAUGCUGUCGGAGCGAACAUAACUACGAUAUCGGUGUAUGAUAGCGACCGAGGAGAAAAUGGUCAGGUAACGAUCGCAUUUCCAUCGGAACAAGCUCGAACAACAGUGAGUGGUUUGAGAAAUACGGCUUACACACAAUUUUAUAUUCAACAAUUAACCCAAACGAAUUCGACUCGUUCAGCGUUGUUACGAACGAAUACUUCAUUUGACUAUGAUGCACCAGGUUUGCCACGAGUUUGGUAUUUAUUUAUAUUAGCUACUGAUAAUGGCACACCUCAACGACAAUCUUUCUGCAGCUUACGUAUCAACCUAUUGGAUGUGAACGAUAAUCCACCAGUAUUUAUUAUGGCAAAUUGGAAUCAUACAAUCUAUCGUUCUGCCGUUGGCAAUUCCAAUAACUCUCGUUUCUUACGUAUUAUCGCGUCAGAUGCUGAUUCAGGCGUCAACGGACAGAUUAAUUACUAUAUAGGAACGGUUGGUGUCCCAUAUUUUACAAUUAAUCAGACGACAGGAACAAUUGUCCUUCGUAGCAGUGUUCCUGGAAUUUACAAUUUAAGUGUUAGUCUCUUUCCGAUUACAUUUCAAGUGUAUGCACAAGAUAGUGGUACACCUCCACGUACUAGUGAGAUGAAUGCCACCGUUACAAUCUAUUACAACAAUGGUAAUGAUCCACCACCUGCACGAUGGGUCGAUCCAGCUUAUGAAGAAUUGAGCUUUCCCAUUAUUGAAAAAUAUUAUGAAACCUAUGGAAAUCGGCCGAUAUUUAAUCCAUCCUAUGGAUUUAAUGGAACUAUCAGUUAUAUAUUAACAUCGACAACAUCAUCCAUUAUGACAGUUAGUAGCCCGUUUCCAAAUACAUACAUACCAUUCAGCGAUGUGCCCGUAACAAGAAAUG